UAAACCCAUUCGUCUUCGAACGCGGGUUCAGUGGAGCAAUGUGGAAGCAAGCCUUCGCUGCCACCGCCCGGCUGGCUUCUUGGAGACGGCGAUUCUCCGUCUCCACCGCUGUGGGUUCUGAGCUCCGCCGCUCCGUUGAAGAGCACUUCCGAGAAGUCUCCAAUAUCACCCCGCCCUCGAAGAAGAAGUUGAUACCGCCCCCGCCGUACUCUGUCGUGGAGGGGGCGCUGGACCGGAGCGAGGGGCCGGUGCUCCGGAGGGCGUACGGGGAGGAAGAGAUCAGCAUAUCGGUCCGACGCCGCGCCUUUGCCAUCCCGUCUCGUGGUGGAGGUAAUGAGGAUGAGGUCGAUCGAGGCCAUGACUUCAUCAGCGAGCUCUUCCUUUAUGUGAAUGUGUCGAGGCCCGGGCGGAGCAACUCACUCCUUUUUCUCUGUGGGCUUUAUCCGGAUGCCGUCGGAAUCCUUUCUGUGUACCUCAUCUCUAAGCAAACCCCUGAUUUGUCUCAGGGCCGCGUCUUCCUGGCGUUGGACCAGCAAUUGAGGGAUGCUUUUUGUAUAUAUUUAGAAGAACGUGGAGUUAGUAAAAGGCUUUUCCCUUUUCUCCAAUCUUGGCUAUAUCUGAAGGAUCAUCACAAUAUCAUGAAUUGGUUUAGGAAGGUCAGUGAUUUCAUCAACGACAUUAAACCAACAUGAACUUUGUUCUCCAUGAGUUUUGGAGAGUGACCUGUUUAAAAGCCACAUUUACAAGUAGCUUUCGUUGAGCAGGACAUGAUGUUUGAAUUCUAAUGCAUGAUUCUAUACAGUUGGGAAAGGUUUCUCUGUGGAAA